GUCCAUACGAGCCUCUACAUUGUGUUUGAGCAAACGAAUUUGAGUUGCAGAAUGUCUACCCCUGCUGCACUCAGGAGGUGCUGUUGCUUCUCCAGCUUGAGAACCGGUCGUACAGGCUUUGUACCCACGUCUGUCUUCUCGGCUUCUGACCUUCCUGGUCAACUGUCGUAUGCGAUAAGGUCAAGACCACGUGCUCUUCAGCAUCGCGUCUUUUCACAAUCAUGUGCUGCCCUUGAUCGAGGCACUGUCACCAGCAAGGUGUCUGACGAUGUGACCGCCAAACUCAAGGAUUCGGCCACGAGUCAGGCAGAACGAAGCAUGCGGCGGUUUUGGAAAGAAGUCACAGUCGCUCGAAACAAAGGCAACAACGCGCAAGAACAAGAUGAGCCCCUGGUGGUACAACUUGACUCACGCUCGUUGAAGACCCCUGCCGGCUCGCUGUUGAAAAUCCCUGUGGACAGGCCCCUGCUUGCAGCCCUGAUCGCUCAGGAGUGGGACGAACAGGAUCGCGUGCUAAGGCCGCAUGCCCUUCCAUUGACCUCGCUCGCUGCACGCGCGUUAGAUGGCAUGGCCAGCCCCUCACAGCGUGAAGCGGUUUGCAAAGACCUUCUACGCUACCUCGAAACAGACACCAUCUGUUUCCACGAAUCAAAGCCCCCCGUUCUUGUGCGCUUGCAGAAAGAGCACUGGGAACCGAUCCUGGCAUGGGUCAAGGAACGGUUCGGCGUUGAAAUCAAGCUUUACGAUGGAAUUACGAUCUCAACUGCACAAGACUCGGCAACCAAGCAGCGGCUACUGGAGCAUAUCUCCACGCUCUCACCCCUCCAACUUGCCGCAUUCGAACGAGCAGUCAUGACGAGUAAAUCCUUCCUCAUCGCACUAGCGCUUGUCGAGGGCCGCCUGGACGUUGAGGGAGCAAGCAGGGCAGCCGAGGUGGAGGUUAGAAGCCAGAUCGAACGAUGGGGUGAGGUGGAAGAUACACAUGACGUCGACCAUCAUGAUGUUCGGAGAAUGCUAGGAAGCGUCGCUGUCGUACUGGCACGUGAUCAGGAUCAUGCUACGAUUAAGCAUGUUUGUAAUUAGAGCUCGCCACGUGCGCGAGCAUAGGCACGCAGUCAUUCAUCAGCAAUCCCUCAAAGCAUAGCUGCUCC